CAAGCUUUCAUCUCUCAACCUCCCCAAAGUCCAAUUCUCAGAGAAAAACAGAGAGAGAAGGUGAAACCCAAAAUGGAUCAUCAUCUUCUUCAACCAUAACACAACCAAAACCUUUUUUCUUGUCAAAAACCACUAAAAUUGAAUUUGAAUGUCUCUAACUCGAAACCUCCUAAUAUACCUUAUUCUAGGGUUAGCUUUUUCCGUUGACCUGAGUCAAACCCUAAAAGUCCCCUUCAGCGUCAACGAUGUUCUCCCUAUGCUCCCUCGUCAAGUCUCCUGGCCCGUUCUCAACAGCUUCCACAGCGCCGUGGAUCUGUUGCCUGUCUUCAUCGGCUCCGUUACUCCGGACAACAACAACAACGCGUCUCUUGAGUGGAAAGGCGCUUGCUUUAAAGGCAACCAGGCUCGUCUCGACAUCACACGUAGCGAUCGAGAUGAACCUGGUCUUGGAGGUGGUCUUCUCCAUCUCAAGACAUCUGAGGCACAUAGCUUGACUUGUAUGGACCUUUAUGUCUUUGCAACACCGUAUAGGAUUACUUGGGAUUAUUAUUUCUCUGCUAGAGAACAUACUUUGAGCUUUGGUUCAUGGGAGGAGACAGCUGAGUUGGAAUAUGUGAAGGAGCAUGGAGUUUCAGUGUUUCUAAUGCCAUCAGGGAUGUUAGGGACGUUGCUUUCUUUGAUUGAUGUGUUGCCUCUUUUCUCUAACACGGGUUGGGGGCAGAAUGCGAAUUUGGCUUUCUUGAGUAAACAUAUGGGUGCUAAGUUUGAGAAACGGCCUCAGCCUUGGCGGUCUGUGAUUAAUCCGGAAGAUGUGCAUUCUGGAGAUUUCUUGGCGGUGUCGAAGAUACGAGGAAGGUGGGGUGGGUUUGAGACGUUGGAGAAAUGGGUGACUGGUGCUUUUGCUGGUCAUACUGCUGUUUGUUUGAAGGAUGAUUUUGGGAGACUUUGGGUUGGUGAAUCUGGUCAUGAGAACGACAAGGGUGAAGAGAUUAUUGUUGUGAUUCCUUGGGAUGAAUGGUGGGAUCUAACAUUGAAGGAUAGUUCAAAUCCACAAGUAGCUUUGCUUCCUUUACAUCCUGAUGUCCGAGCAAAGUUCAAUAAUACUGCUGCGUGGGAAUAUGCACGCAGCAUGUUGGGAAAACCAUAUGGAUAUCACAACAUGAUUUUCAGCUGGAUCGAUACUCUUGCCGAUAACUACCCUCCUCCCCUUGAUGCUCACUUGGUUAUUUCUGUCAUGUCUAUGUGGACUCGUGUACAACCUGCAUAUGCUGCUAAUAUGUGGAACGAGGCACUUAAUAAACGGCUCGGUACUGAGGAUCUUGAUUUGUAUGGGAUUCUUGAAGAAACAGCGAGGCGUGGAAUGUCAUUUGAUGAGUUACUCACCAUCCCUGAACAGGAUGAAUGGGUAUACAGCGACGGGAAAUCAACGACAUGCGUUGCUUUCAUCCUUGCAAUGUACAAAGCCGCUGGUCUGUUUGGCCCUCUAGCUGAUCACAUCCAAGUCACUGAAUUCACUAUCCGAGAUGCGUACACUCUGAGGAUGUUUGAAGAUAAUCAGACGAGGCUACCGAGUUGGUGUAACACAGAGAAAGGGAAGCUUGAGUUCUGUCAGAUACUGGGUGAAUACAGAAUGGAGUUACCUGGUUAUAACACCAUUGACCCUUAUCCAAACAUGAACGAGAAUUGCCCUUCUUUGCCUCCUAAUUAUGAGAGGCCUUCUAAGUGUUAGGAACAAAACUAAUCAACAUGUUGUGUGUUUGUCUACUUUAUGUUUUAUUUAUUAAUUGUUAAGCUUUACCCUUUUAGGGGGGAAACAGAACAUGUCGGAGAAUCAUUGAUGUGAAUAUGUGAUGAUAAUUUAUCAAAUUUAGUGUUGUGC